UAGCGAGCCAAAGCUUGAUAGCAUCACGUGACUCACCGCCUUCCGUCCCUCACUCUCCAUUUAUCGCGGGACUGGUGGGAUAUCCCGCGAGGAGUCAUUAUCGACGCUGAUCUGCCUCUCCCCACGGAUACAGAACCUUGACCGUUCCUGUGCAGGCUUCGUCUUGGGAUAAACAUGGCUUCUGAAGGUCCCAAGGACCUCCCCACCAGGCCGGCCGAGGCUGCCCCUGCUGCGGACUCCUCCGCACAAGCCCCGCCAAAGCCUGCGUCCAAAAAGGCUCCUGCUCCCGCCGACAAUCUCCCCGAUUUCAUUAUUGAGCGCAACAAGCUCUUCGAGGAGCUCUGGCAGGAGUAUCUGCAGGAGCUCAAGAACAAGCCCCACCCAGAUGUGAACAUCACGAUCGAUCUCGGCGAUGGCAAGACGUCCACCGUCACUGCAAAGGCCUUCGAGACCACUCCUGCCCAAUUGCUGAAGGAUGUCCCGAAGGAGUUGAGCGCCAACGUUGUUGUUUCCAAAGUCAACGGCGAGCUUUGGGACCUGAACCGGCCAUUUGAGCAGGAUGCGAAGGUGUCUUACGUUCCUUUCGAUUCUCCCGAAGGCAAGGAAGUUUUCUGGCACUCCAGCGCUCACUGCUUGGGUGAGGCCUGUGAGUGCGAAUAUGGAUGUCUGCUUUCCCACGGACCCCCAACGCCUCAGGGUUUCUUCUACGAUAUGGCAAUGCCAGACGGACGUGUUGUCAAAGAGACCGACUGGCCUGUCCUGGACUCCAGAGCGAACCGAGUCUUCAAGGAGAAGCAGAGUUUCGACCGCCUCGAAGUUUCGAAGGAGAACCUCCGCAAGAUGUUCGCAUACAGCAAGUACAAGCUGCACUACAUUGAUAAGCUGGUGACAGGAGAGAAGAGCACUGUCUACCGCUGUGGUACACUGGUGGAUCUGUGCCGUGGCCCGCACAUUCAGAACACUGGCAAGAUAAAGACUUUCAAGAUUAUGCAGAACUCUUCGGCCUAUUUCCUCGGAGACCAGUCCAACGACUCCCUGCAGCGUAUCCGUGGUGUCGCAUUCCCCGACAAGAAGCAGAUGCAGGAGCACCUGAAGUUCCUGGAAGAGGCAGAGAAGCGCAAUCACCUGAAGAUCGGCAAGGAACAGGAGCUUUUCUUCUUUGACGAAGUCUCCCCCGGAUGUCCUUUCUUGCUUCCUAACGGAACCAAGAUAUUCAAUGCCUUGCAGAAGCUGCUUCGCUCAGAGUACCGGAAGCGUGGCUACCAGGAAGUCCAGACGCCAAACAUGUACGAUGUGGGCAUCUGGAAAACCUCUGGUCACUGGGCCCAUUACAAGGAUGACAUGUUCAAACUGGAUGUUGAGAAGAGAGAGUGGGCCCUUAAGCCUAUGAACUGCCCUGGUCAUUUCAUGCUCUUCGGUCACCGUGAGAGGAGUUACAGGGAACUUCCUCUGAGAAUUGCGGACUUUGGAGUCUUGCACAGAAACGAGGCCUCGGGCGCUCUCAGCGGUCUCACGCGUGUACGGAAGUUCCAGCAGGAUGAUACCCACAUCUUCUGUACCGCCGACCAGAUUACCUCGGAAAUCGAAGGUCUCUUUGACUUCCUCAAGUCUAUCUACGGACUCUUCGGCUUCACAUUCAAGCUGAACCUGUCCACCCGCCCCGAAAAAUACUUGGGUGAUAUUGAGACCUGGAACUACGCUGAGAAGCAACUCCAGGAAGCCAUGACCAGGUUCGUCGGUAACGACUGGGUUCUCAACGAGGGUGACGGUGCCUUCUAUGGCCCGAAGAUCGACAUCACGAUUGCCGAUGCCUUGAAGCGAGAGUUCCAGUGUGCCACCAUUCAGCUUGAUUACCAGGCUCCCAUCAACUUCAAGCUCGAAUACAUGACAAAUGAGACGGGCAAAGCUCCUGCGGAGGAGGCGAAGAAGGAAGGAGAAGCCAAGCCUAACGAGCCCGGUCCUGGUCGUGCUCGUCCCAUCGUCAUCCACCGUGCCAUUAUUGGAAGUUUCGAGCGAUUCCUCGGAAUCCUCAUUGAGCACUUUGGUGGCAAGUGGCCAUUCUGGCUCAGUCCGCGCCAGAUUCUGAUCGUGCCUGUGAUGCCUGCUGUCAACGACUACGUCGAAGAGCUGCAGACGAUCCUGCGCGGGGACAAGCUCAAUGUCGACAUCGACAUUAGCGGCAACACCAUGCAGAAGAAGAUCCGUACUGGACAACUAGCUCAGUACAACUUUAUCUUCGUUGUUGGUGCCCAGGAGAAGGAGUCACGCUCCGUCAACAUCCGUAACCGCGACGACCCGGCCACUCAGGCGAAGGGUGUUAUGGUCCCUCUGGAAGAGGCCCGCGUCAAGCUACGAGCUCUGAGAAAGGAGAGGAGAUUGGUCAACGCCCUUUAAGAGAGGUGGCCUGUUCGACGAUCGAGGAAAUACGUUGUUAUUUUCGGUUGAUAAUGCAUCUCAGCGCGGAGUUGUGCCAGAAGAGGUUGACUUUCUGAGCAUAUAAGGUGAAUAUAGUGAGUCUAUGAGCGAUGUAUGUGUUGGCGUCGAUGAUUAUGAGAAUCCCAAAAUGGAAACCCUGGGGUCUGUCUUGAGCAGUAUCUACGGUGAAGA